AUGACAUCCACAACGCAGCCAGUGACGCCCACAACACAGCCAGUGACAUCCACAACACAACCGGCGACAUCCACGACACAGUCACUGGCAUCCACAACACAUCCGACGGUAUCCACAACACCCCCGACGACGUCCCCAACACAGCCAGCGACAUCCAGAACGCAGUCAGCUACAUCCACGACACAGCCGGCGACAACCACAACACAGCCAGCGACAUCCACAACACAGCCAGCAACGUCCACACCACAACCGGCGACAUCCACAACACAGUCAGCUACACCCACAACACAGCCAGCGACGUCCACAACACAACCGGCGACAUCCACAAAACAGCCAACAACAUCCACACCACAACCGGCGACAUCCACAACACAGUCAGCGACGUCCACAACACAACCGGCGACAUCCACAACACAGCCAGCAACGUCCACACCACAACCGACGACAUCUACAACACAGUCAGCUACAUCCACAACACAGCCAGCGACGUCCACAACACAGCCAGUGACAUCCACAACACAACCGGCGACGUCCACAACACAACCGGCGACAUCCACAUCAACAACACACCCAGCGACAACAACAUGCGUUGGUUCAUGGAAUCCUACAGCAUCGCUUCAGUAUGGAACGGGCACUGCUGGCAAUGCAUCAAAUCAAUUUAAUUAUCCCGUUGAUAUAUUUAUUGAUAGUAGCGAUAAUCUUUAUGUUGCCGAUAACGAUAACGGUCGAAUCCAAAAGUUUGCAAUGAGCUCAACUAUGGCUACAACGGUUGCUGGCGGUCAAGGAGGAGGGACAAACUCAAAUCAACUUAAAAACGCAGCCGGUGUUUUUGUCAAUAGCGCUUAUAUAUAUGUUAGUGAUGUACAGGCAGGGAUUGGCACCCGUAUACAACGAUUUCCAUACAAUUCAGUAAGUGGCACCGCUGCAACAACCGUGGCUGGUGCAUCGGGGUUUAACGGUGCCGCAACAGAUAUAAUCGGGAACUGCUGGAGCUUGUAUGUCGAUAGCAGUAAUAACGUAUUUGAAACCGAUUUCACGAAUUGUAGAGUGUUAGAAUUCCCGUCCGGUUCUACCAGUGGCUCGUACGGUACGCUCAUAGCUGGCGAUAGUACAUGUGCAAACAGUUCGACUGAGUUAAAUGCUCCGCACGCUAUCACUCCAGAUUCAGCGAAUACCGUUUUUUAUAUCGCUGAUAACUCGAAUAAUCGUAUUCAGGUAUGUCCACAGAGUGGCAGCGGUGCUUGUUCAACAUUGGUAGGUGCACCCACAAUAAACGCACCUUACGACGUUGAACUAGCUCGUGAUGGAAAUUUAUAUGUGGUCGAGAAUACCCAAGUAUUACGGUUUCCAGGCGCUUCAGCUACUGGUAGCGCAGUUUUAUCAUCAUUAAAUGGAGCUAUAGCAAUAGCAUUCGACUCGCAAAUGAACAUGUAUAUUGCCGAAUGGACUCAGCAGAGAGUGCUAAGAUUCGAUUACAUAUGCUGA